AUGCCGCCUCCCUUUGUGGUUUGGGUUGAGAUACAAGAUGGCUCCGGUGUUGGAGAAGAAGCUGCUGGGUGCAGCCGGGACAGAAGGCCACAGCAUGGAGACCAACGCCGAGGAGGAUGAAGGACAGAACCUGUGGUCCUCGAUCCUCAGCGAGGUGUCGACUCGUUCCAGUACCAAACUUCCGUCCGGGAGGAACAUCCUGCUCUUCGGUGAUGAUGGAUCGGGGAAAACGACGCUGAUGACGAAGCUCCAAGGGGCGGAGCACAAUAAGAAGGGCAGAGGACUGGAGUACCUGUACCUGAAUGUCCACGAUGAAGACAGAGACGACGUGACGCGCUGUAACGUGUGGAUUCUGGAUGGAGACGUUUAUCACAAAGGCCUGCUGAAAUUCGCCGUGCCCUCCGAGUCUCUGAAGGACAGCGUGGCCGUGUUCGUGGUGGACAUGUCCAGACCCUGGUCCAUCAUGGAGUCUCUGCAGAAGUGGACGAGUGUGCUGAGAGAACACGUGGACAAGCUGAAGAUUCCCCCCGAGGACAUGAGGGACAUGGAGCAGAGGAUGGUGAGGGCGUUUCAGGAGUACAUGGAGCCCGAGGAGGCGACUCCGUCCUCCCCUCAGAGACGAAGUGCUCCUGCAGGAGGAGACGAUGAGUCUGUGGUGCUGCCGCUGGGAGAAAACGUCCUCACACACAACCUGGGGAUCCCCGUACUGAUCGUCUGCACUAAGUGUGAUGCUGUCACUGUGUUGGAGAAAGAUCACGACUACAAAGAGGAGCAUUUUGACUUUAUUCAGUCGCACCUCAGGAGGUUCUGCCUGCAGUAUGGAGCUGCUCUGAUCUACACUUCGGUAAAAGAGGAGAAGAACCUGGACCUUCUGUACAAGUACAUGGUGCACAAACUGUACGACUUCCAGUUCACCACACCAGCCUUAGUGGUGGAGAAAGACGCGGUGUUCAUUCCGUCCGGGUGGGACAACGAGAAAAAGAUCUCCAUCUUACACGAAAACUUCACCACCGUCCGGCCUGAAGAUCCCUUCGAGGAUUUCAUCAUCAAGCCGCCAGUACGCAAGUUAGUGCACGAUAAAGAGAUAAACGCUGAAGAUGAGCAGGUCUUCCUCAUGAAGCAGCAGUCUUUGUUAGCCAAGCAGCCAGCCACUCCAUCACGAGCAGCAGAAUCUCCUGCACGGACAGCAUCUGGUUCUCCUCGGCCCACCGUACGCACCGGACCCACCAACGUAGCGAGUGUGUCUCCCAUGACAACCGUAAAGAAACCCGACCCCAACAUGAAAGGUGCUGCUGCAAAUGAGGGUGUUUUGGCGAACUUCUUUAACAGUCUGUUGAGUAAAAAGACCGGAGCUCCUGGAAGUCCGGGUACAGCAGGAACAGCAGUGCAGGGAUCAGCCAAGAAAACAGGGCAGAAGCCGGCUCUGAGUGACGUGCAAGCUGAACUGGACCGCAUGACGCACAAAUCUGACUCCACUGUCGCGGCCAAUCACAGCACAGCGCCAGAGAACGAGGCGUAAACACACCACAGAGACGCACAUGCGUGCGCGCACACACACUCACACACACACACAAAUAUACGCUCUCUCUCUGGAAAACCUGAACUUAAAACGUAUUAUGAAUAUAAUGACCAAAUUCCUACACUGAGUGUGUGUGUGUGUGUGUGUGUGUGUGUGUGUGUGUGUAAGAGUAUGUUUGUAAAAUUGGAGGUGAUUAGAUUUAAUACCAAUUCCAAUCUUUUAUUGUUAAUUUUUUGGUGAGGUUUAAACAACGCACGUCCAUUGUGUGUGUGUGUGUGUGUGUGUGUGUGUGUGUGUGUGUGUUGAACUCCACACACUCAUGUUCCUGCAAACAUGCUGCUGUUUCUCGUUCUGCUUUACCUGAUGAUGGAAACAGGAAAGAAACAAAAGAAGAAAAAGGUGGAGUGUGUAGAGAGGGGGGGGGGGAGGGGGGGGGGUCCGUCAGUGUAUGAACCCGAACGUAGUGACGAUGUUAAACUGGUGUAUUUAUAUAAAAAGGAAACCGGAUGUUCAGAGCUUUCUCUCGCGUAACACCGCUGACGUCAUGACACUAAUCCGAUGCCUUUUCUGCGAAACCGAUUCUGUAAAUAUGCACAAAAUAGUAUUUGCUUUUUUUUUGCUUUUUUUUUGUAUAAAGUUCAAAUUUAUGAAGAAGUCGUUCAGAUUUAGAUUAAAGUAUUGGCAUGACAUGGAGCUUAUUUCGUUUUUUUGGUUUUGUUUAUUGUUGUUUUGUUCCUCGACUCCCAAAGUGCCUGUCGUAGAGGAAAUGCACUGUAGCACCGUCGGUCAAAACUUCCCCGUUCUCUCCUGAUGAUAAUUUAUUAUUAUUUUUAUUUUUAUUUUUUACAGAUUUAUUUACUCUUAGAGAUUUCCCUCCUGGCCUCGAUACGUCUUUUAAUACCACAUCAGCUUGUGUUUAUUAACUCUGUAUGUUUCAGUCCUGCUUUUCCUCUUCUUGUUCACGUCCCCUAAACCACUCGAAUGUGUCCUGCAGCACCGAACCUGACUGAGAGAUGAGGAGGAGCGUCCGCGUCACCGCGUCUCCUCCCUCAGAGCUUCACUCGCUCGUUAAUAUUCCUAGUUCAGUUACCCAGAGGGUGAAGCCCUUAUUGACUUCCACAAAACAAUGUUUUCAUUGCUAUAAUCAUUCAGAAUCUCUCUCACACACACACACACACACACACACACACACAACUCAUCCGGAGAAAUAAAUCCGGUGAUUUAUACAUAAAUUUCAUUUGUUCUCUCCUGCAACACGGCGACGGCUCUGAGCUGUUCUGGGAAUUGGUGUUUCUAUGGAAACGUGCUAAUCUAUACUACAACUCGAAAAUAGUGAAAGGUGUAACACACCCCGAGUUAAUCCUGACGUUAAUCUCCUGUAUGGAGCUGUGCACGCUGCUGAUGUUCCUGUCCGGUUUCAAUAUAACGAGUUAUUUUUAAAGUUCGGACUUUCCCGGUACUGAGUACGAUUCGGAAUAGUUUGACAUGAACACGCUCGGGGUUUCUUCACUGUACAGAACCGUUCAGAUCACUCACGUCGUACUGAAUAAAAGUAGGACCGAUUUCAUUGGACCUGAUUAGACAUUUCUGACGCCAUUUUGUUAAAAAAAAAAAAAAAAGUUAGGUUAGUGCCGCAGUGCAUUAUGGGUAAGUCGUGCUCUUAAAGUAUACAGUCACAUCAACUAAAUUUUCAUCCAGUAAACUUCAGGCAAGAUCGAAACCAACAGGACGGCUCUCACACUGGCAACCAAAGACUUAUUAUUAUUAUUAUUAUUAUGAUUAUUAUUAUGAUUAUUAUGAUGAUGAUGAUUAUUAUAAGGGGACGAGGACGUGUGAUGAGCAGCACUGAAACAGAAUCGGUUCUAUUCUGUGUAUUUCAUCUAAGUUUCAAAUUAUUUCUCUUUCGACUCCCAGAUUCACACGUCGUCUCCAUUCUGCUUUGUAUUAAUAGGAAAAAAAAUAUUUAAAAAACAUUUGAAUGAACCUGCUGUGGAGCGUCAGUGUGAAACAUUCCUCAUUUCUACACAGUAGGAAUUGAUUCAUGAUGCUUCCGCUAUUCUUUCUUUUCUAUCUUUAUGAUCUCUGCUGAUCCUGUAUCAUAUCUGAUUAAUGUACAUUAAAAAACUUUUUUUUUUUUUUGAUUUAUUUGCGAGAACGAAAUCCAGGACGUGAGAAUCGUGUCUGAUUCCUGAGAAGAAACGUGACCGAGUAACGUAAACCUGAGCGGCUCGCUGAUCUACACCUGAAAUCUUUUUUUUUUAAAUGAAAAAAGGAAAAUUGGAACCAAAGAUGUACGAUGUGCGUGUGCGUGUGUGCGUGUAUGUGUGCGCGCGUGUGUGUGCGUGUGCGUGUGUGCGUGCGCGUGUGCGUGCGCGUGUGUGUGUGUGCGCGUGUGUGUAUGCGUGCGUGCGUGCGUGAGUCAUGGUCGUGUCUUAAGCACAUCCCAGGUGGCGUUUCAUUUUAGUUUUUUUCUUUCGCCUGGUGAAAUCAUUCCAGCUCUCACACUCGUCUUUCUCACUGCGUUCAUUUACUAAUCCUCUCUCAUUAUCAAUAAUAAAUAAAUAAAUUCUUCCCCUCACUAUUACUUUUUGUCUCUUUAAGGGAAAAGACCACAAUGUGUGCAGAGUCUACUUUUAUUUUUAAUUGAUUUUGCAUGGUUUAUUAUUAUUAUUAUUAUUAUUAUUAUUAUGUGCUGUAUUAAAAGAAAAGCAUCAAGAUGGCGAUUUGUAAGAUUUUUGUUCUUUCCUGCGCAGUUGUAAGCACACAGUCUGAACUAAUUCACAUUUUUAGUUGUUAAAGCUCUUCUAAUAAAAGUGCAUUAAUAAUAAACUCCAGUGAAACUGCGGCUGUGUCAGUAAAUAAACUCGUAUCCACGUUGCUGCCUCACAGUUGAUCACAGUUGAUAUUAUUGGAGAAAGAUGAGAGUUUUGGGAUUCCGUCAGGUUUGAGUGUGUUGAAUAUGAUUCGAUUUUGAAUGUGAUUUUCUCGUGUAACUGAUGAUCGACUCUCCGCUCCGCUUUACUGCUCGCUUUACUCACGUUUAUCUGAAACUCUUCAUGUUUAUGGACAAGCGGAAUACUGUAAGUCAGACGUAAUGAAGUCUUCGAUUGUGUUUUAUCAGAAUUCAGGAUGUGCAGCAGGGUCAGGCUUGAAUUUUUUUCUAAGGUUUUUUUUUUGUUUUUUUAAGAACAAUGAGCUUUGUAUGUAAAUUGCUCUCAAUGAAUAAACAUGUCACGUGUGUAAGACACGUCA